AUGGGCGAGCACCCCAGCCCAGGCCCCGCAGUGGCCGCCUGCGCCGAGGCAGAGCGCAUCGAGGAGCUGGAACCAGGGUCGCAGGAGCGGCCGCGCGCGGCGCCGGAAGAUCACUGGAAAGUCCUGUUUGAUCAGUUUGACCCUGGCAACACGGGCUUCAUCAGCACAGGCAAGUUCCGGAGCCUCCUGGAGAACCACAGCUCUUCCCUGGACCCCCACAAGAGGGAGGUGCUGCUGGCGCUGGCCGACAGCCAUGCUGACGGGCAGAUCUGCUACCAAGACUUUGCCAGCCUGAUGAGCAACAAACGUUCCAACAGCUUCCGCCAGGCCAUCCUGCAGGGCAACCGCCGGCUCAGCAGCAAGGCCCUGCUGGAGGAGAAGGGGCUGAGCCUCUCGCAGCGGCUCAUCCGCCACGUGGCCUAUGAGACCCUGCCCCGGGAGAUAGACCGCAAGUGGUACUACGACAGCUACACCUGCUGCCCCCCGCCCUGGUUCAUGAUCACGGUCACACUGCUGGAGGUGGCCUUUUUCCUCUACAACGGGGUGUCCCUGGGCCAGUUUGUGCUGCAGGUGACCCAUCCCCACUACCUGAAGAACUCCCUGGUCUACCACCCCCGGCUCCGAGCGCAGGCGUGGCGCUAUCUGACCUACGUCUUCAUGCAUGCGGGGAUAGAACACCUGGGCCUCAAUGUGGCACUGCAGCUGCUGGUGGGUGUGCCCCUGGAGAUGGUGCAUGGAGCCGCCCGCAUCGGGCUCGUCUACGUGGCUGGCGUGGUUGCAGGGUCCCUGGCGGUGUCCGUGGCUGACAUGACUGCACCAGUUGUGGGCUCUUCUGGAGGGGUGUAUGCGCUUGUGUCUGCCCAUCUGGCCAACAUCGUCAUGAACUGGUCGGGCAUGAAGUGCCAAUUCAAGCUGCUGCGGAUGGCUGUGGCCCUGAUCUGUAUGAGCAUGGAGUUUGGGCGGGCUGUGUGGCUCCGCUUCCACCCGUCGGCUUAUCCCCCGUGCCCUCACCCGAGCUUCGUGGCCCACCUGGGCGGCGUGGCCGUGGGCAUCACGCUGGGUGUGGUGGUCCUGAGGAACUACGAGCAGAGGCUGCAGGACCAGUCGCUGUGGUGGAUCUUUGUGGCCAUGUACGCCAUCUUCGUGCUAUUCGCCGUCUUCUGGAACAUCUUUGCCUAUACCCUGCUGGACCUGAAGCUACCACCGCCCCCGUAA